GGGGACUGACCAGAAUAUCACACCGCACUUCACUUCUUCUUGACCAUGCUACAUCACAGAUUUCAUGGUGCAGCAAAAAUUUGCCCAAGUUGGACAAGAGUCCCUCUAAGAUCCCAUAGGUCUAUUCAAUCCUUCUGAUCCUUCCGUGGCUCACCACUUUUGGUCUGGUUUGGCAACAGACAUCCACGCAGGUCGCUUGUGGUAGACUAUCAAAAAUGUCUGGCCUCAUCGAAUACUCUACGGCACAAGCUGGGAAGACUCUUGAAGUCGAACAACUCUCGCCGGAUCUCUUCAAGCUGUCAUUAACCAGAGACAACAAGUUCAAUCUCUUCUCCGAGGCCAUCGGCAGCUUAGAUUCAGGCCGCGAUGAAGCCGAUCUCAUCCUCAGCAACCUCCAAGCAUGGUCCGCAGAAGCUGCGGAACGCUUCCAGCGACGCACCUCGGACGUUAUUCUCGACACCCCUUUCCGGCUGCUCUGUUCGAGCCCAACCGGGAUCCCAUUCGACAGUCGUUUCGUGAUCCGACAAUUUCUAGCCAUCAGUUACAGUUGGCAUAACCCGAGUUGGCCGGGGACACCUCAAUCGGUUCCAGAACCUGGAGGGGUGUGGCCAGUUGGCAAACGCUUUGCCGACGCAAUCCUAGAAUUACGAGGCCAUCCACGUGAAGGAGUAUGGAUCGACCAGGUCUGCAUCAACCAACGCGAUGAGUUCGAGCAACAAAGAGCUAUCGCAUCGAUGGAUGUUGUUUACAAGUCUUGCCGCAAGCUGGUCGUACUUCUGGAGGAUGUCGAGCUCACCAAUGACGAGGCUGGGAUAUUUGAACUAUACGAUGGCUAUAGGUCUCCAUAUGUGCUCGAAAAAGGCCCGACCGACGACAGGGAAGUCUCGCUGCUCAUCUCUCUCUACGAUAAAGUGGCCGCAGCGCGGUGGUGGCAGCGUUCAUGGUGCUACCAUGAAUUCGUUGUUGCUGAGCCUUGGAGUGACAAACGACAUCAACGAGUCCACAAUACCGUUUUCAUCCUCGGACUUGGCGAGGACAGGACUGUGACAGUAGAGUGGACUACACUGCACGCAAUCCUGGCAACGAUAACAGUCCAACUCGGCCAUCGGAAUGAACGGAGCGUCUACCUCAACCCAAUUCUUUCCGGCUUCGCGAAUCGGACAUCUCCUCGAUUUGAUAACCCAGAAGGCAAAGCCGGCGUGAUCAGGUCCAGCUUCAUGGCGAAGUUCAACGCCAUCGCCCAGACGGGAUGUCUGAUGCCUGGGGACAGGCUCAGCGUGUGUCUCAAUCUCAUCGGACUUGGUCUGGCGUUCUUCAGAUCUGAGGAGCCAACAGUAGACGAAGUGUACUUUCUGGCAGUCUUGCUGGCGCUAGCAGCAGGCGAAAAGAUGCCCCUUUCUUUCACCAACAUGGAUCCCCUGACAUUCCACGGAAAGGGAUCAUGGCUUGCUCGACCUAUCACGGCGGCGGACACAACGCUCAACAAGUUUACAUUGGGGGGCGUCAAAGGAAUCCAUGCCGUGAGCUUCAACAAGAUAGAAAUUGACAUGGUCUUUUUCAAUCGUGGUGUAUUGUGGAUUUCGGAGCAGGAGCUUCGGCGCACAUAUGCCAUAUUUCCAGAUAUCAUACGGAAUACUCCUCCGCCGCUCAAAGCGCAGAUCAAGAUGCUAGAGUUCCAGGCUGAAGAGGACAUGGAUAUGCCGCGACGACGAUUCCUUGCUGCUGUGCUGUCGAGUGGGCCAGACUUGCUGAAGCGGCUUUGGGUCCAGCUCGAUCGUGAAGUGGUGAAGUGGAACUACAACACGGGCAUUUUUGCAGACUUCAAAGUCAACGAGGAUCUCCUCCCCAAUGCGAAAGAUAUGCUCAAAGCUUUUGCUAAGAGCGAUCGGGGCGGGGUUGGCAGUGAAGACCAAAUUGCAGUCGAAGUUGCCACGGAAUUCCUGACAUGGAUUACGGAUCCUCGAUCCAUCUACUGGAUCUCGACAAUGGCUCUACGCCUUCCGUGUGCACAUGAUGGGGAAUCCGCCCUGUUGACGGGCUUCAGCUUCACAAAAAACUUCCGAGAGAGUGAUAUCGACACUCGAAUGCGGGUGGCAGUGCCUACAGAUCUGCUGCAUGAAGACUGCGCGUGGAUGAGAGCUUGGUUGUUGGUGCCGGCAGAUGAUGAGGAUGAAAAGGGGGCUUGGAAAGUCGCCGGCAAGACAUUGCUUCUAGGCGAACCAGAUUUAUACGCGGGUCUGAACGCGGAUGAAGAGGAUGGGUUUUCGAAUGCAUUCAGGAGCCUGCGUACGAGGCAGGUCAUCGUAGGUUGACCGUGGUGAUCAACGACACAGCAGCUAUAGUCACACGUCUUGGGCUUAUUCUCUCCAAAAGCUACUGGAAGAUCGGAACAGUCUGACUGUUUUUAUAUCCUUGCUAUGAUUCCGUAGUAGCGUAUGGCCUUGGCACGUUACUGAUGGGCGUCUUGUGCAAGCUCCCGGAGCCCAUAAGUAUUUUUACCCAGCGGCAGGAGAAGCUCAUUUCGAAGCUCGGACGGAAGACGUACAAGCGAUUCCGAGACGAGUUGAAUGCACGCUGACGAUUACCGGGGCUGCGGGACGAACAAGACUCAGGGGGAAAUUAGAAUAGAUUUGUUGAUUGAAGUUGAGAAUUCAUACAAGGUGUUAUGCAUCGUGUGAGGCUUUGUUCAUCAACUCAGGAAAAUGGAGUCUUUACUGAGGGAGGUAUGGGGCAAGGGCAUCCACCUAUGAAGAGAUGUCAGGACACUGGGGGAGGGCGAGGACAUUGAGGUCGAAGAUGCCGAGGUCAUUUGACAGAAAAGGAGAUUUUCAACUUUCCGAGGGUGAUGGUUUAUAAGGAGACCGUCCGGGCUUGGGAUUAGUGUCGAAAAGGUUCGUGAUCCGGAUUGAUUAUAUGGAGGGGUGUUAUAUUAGGGACUGGAUGUUGAGAAGGGUGAGAAUGAUGUCACAAAGAAAAAGGUGGUGCUUUAUGAUUAGGUUGGAACUUUUUAGGUUAUGCUAUCCUCCGAUUGCCUUCACUGAAGCACCGAGGGCGUGUUCGCGGCUACAAUGCUGGCGCUUG